AUGACUGCGAUCAUUGGAAAUCAUUUAUUUUUGAAAUUCCUAAUCUUUUUUUUGUUGACAACAUUGAGUGAUGUGAUAUGUAUUGAUAAUGAUUUUCAAAUCUAUCCAUCUCUAUCUGAUGAAGAACUUAAUGCUAAGUUGUCUGCAGAUAGAGGUUUUCUUGUUGGAUUCAAUAAAUACUGGCCACCUAAAGGUGUCAACAGAAAUCUAGGAGUUAUAUCGUCGGUCAAAGCAGUUGAUGAAUCAGCCUCAGAUGUCUUCGUUCUACAUCGUGGUGAUCGAAUAUGGGAUAAUAACACAUUCGAUCAGAAAAACAAUUAUCGCCUUAAUAAAUCGGUACCAAUCAAAGCUGGAGUAGUUGUACGCAUAAGUGAUGAGAAAAUCAAAGAAACUUAUUUGCCGAAAAAAUUUUAUCUUCCUCAUGGGCUGACCAUAGAUUCUGAUGGAAACUUUUGGAUUACAGAUGUAGCUCUCCAUCAAGUCUUUAAAUUUUCUCCGUAUCUGUCAGGUGAACCGUUAUUAGUACUUGGCGAACGUUUCAAACCUGGUUCCGAUGACCGUCACUUUUGUAAACCGACUGAUGUUGUUGUUUCUGCAAAUGGACAAAUUUUUGUCUCUGAUGGAUAUUGCAAUAAUCGUAUUAUGAAAUUUGAUAGAAGUGGGAAAUUUCUAAAAUCAUGGGGCUCUGAAACAGAAAAUUCAAAACAUCCUGGUCAAUAUGAACUUAAUCUUCCACAUCAAUUAGCUUUAUUCGAAGAAGAAGAUGCAGUGUGCACUGCAGACAGAGAAAAUAAACGAAUUGUAUGCUAUACUGCUGGAUUGUAUUCCCAAAAUCUCGAUUAUACAGGCAAAUUUCUAUUCGAAUAUAUUCAACCAGAUUCUCAGCCUAUUUACGGUGUUGCUGUUGAGCCUUCAAAAAAACUGUUACUUGCUCUUGUGGGGUCUACAGGAAAUAAAGAUGAUUCGAAAGUGGAGAUAAUUGAUUUCAGUUCACAAACUAUGAUGGGUGAAAUAAAGAAUGAAUUGAAAGUGGGUUUCGGUGAUGUUCACUCAAUCUCAACAUGUCCGAACAGAUGGAAAAUAAGCUGUAUAUUACUUUGCAAUACAGACACACCGCCUCAGUUAAGAUUGCUCAAGGAUGAAAAGAGAAGUAUACUAUCAGACAGUCAACAAGAUAAUCUACAAGACCAACUUGAAAGACGUUUAUGGCUGUAUCAUUUACAGUUGGAUUCCGAAUAA